CGUAAUUUAACACUCCACCGUGGCCCCAUCAGCCUCAUCUCCUCUGGACUUUACUCCGAGCAGGAUCAAAUCUCAGUGGCAUUAAAGCAGAAUGGAUGUGAAACUGCUGGCUCUCGUGGCUGCGCUCACGGUGAUGACAUACGUGCCUCCAUCGCAAGCGAAGCCCAUCAGCCUGGUGGAGAGAUGCUACUGCCGCUCAACAGUCAACAACGUCCCAAGGGGCUACAUCCGAGAGCUCAGGUUCAUCCACACGCCUAACUGCCCCUUCCAAGUGAUUGCCAAGCUGAAGUCCAACAAAGAGGUGUGUGUGAACCCAGAGAUCCGGUGGCUGCAGCAGUACCUGCGGAACGCCAUCAACAAGAUGAAGAAAAACAAGCAGGGCAACUAAAAAAGCCCACAGAGAUCCUCCUGAGUCAUCGCCGAGGAUUUGGACCAUCAUGAGAUCAUCUGGUAUGUUGUACAGCACUUAUCCUGGCUGCCAGGCUGCAUGGAAUGAACCUACGACUCUUCACCGUGAACACCGAUCCACCAGCCCCGCCACCGUCUUCACCAUCCCCACUCUUACCACUUAUAGAGGUCGUAGAUAUUAUCAGUGUGAAGUGCAAUUAUAUCUGUGAGUGUAUGUUUUUCCUCACUAUAAUGUAUAUACUCUCUUGUUAAUGGACUUCAACGGUAAAGAGAUAUUUUUGGAGAUUUUUUUCUCAUUCCUCUGGCCUUUCUGUCAUUAAGGACCUACCUCUGGGUCGGGUCUUAGUCUAAAGGGGAGAGUUGUAGGUCAUGAGGAAGGUUUUCAUCACUCAAACAUAAGUCCUACUUGCAAGUAGCAGAGUCCUGUAGCCUGCUGAGCCAGGAAAAACCUGGAUGUAUUAUAACUAAUCCGAAACUAAGCAAGGGAUCUGGUGAAGUCUGAUUGUCUCUGAUUUUAAAAACUCAUCUAAAAACUGAGGAAUGGGCAGCUGCAGAGUUUGCCAAAUUGUAUUUCAUGUUUCAAGUUAAUUGGUGCCGUGGAAUUCCAGUGGGGGGCCAGCUACCCCCAGACUGGACACAAGACGUAUACAAGAUCCUUGUAAAAAUGGCAAUUAUUAUUUUUUUGUGAUGGAAAUUAGGAUGUUAAAAGAGCUUGAGCAUAUCCUGAGCCAUUCUGUCGCUGUGAUUAUACGAUCCUGAGUUCGCCAACAUGUCUGCUUUUUUUCAUUCUUAGAUAAAAGCUGAGCAUCUGGUCACAAAUACUUUUAAUUAAGCCACCGAUAAGUCACGAUGUGCUGAAUUCAAGGGCUGUGUCAGUUAACAAGAGAUAGUGAGAGCAGAUUGUGACACCAGUCACAGACAGAUGAACUAAUGUUAGCUGGAUGUCCAUUUGAAAGAAGGGUGCGCAGAAACUUUACCAUUUCAGUAGUUAAAAAUGUAGGCCAUGUUAUACUGAGCGCUACAUUUGAGAAAAGUAGUACCAGUACUGACAAUAAAUUGAUGUGACUACCUACAACAUAUCAUGCAGAUAGCGAUGCACUUUAUAUCUGAUGUAUUAAUGUUUUAACAACAAAAUUUACUCACGAAGUCUGAUCAUUAAAUUCUUUUUCUGUCUUUA